AUGAUAACCCUGUCGGUGAACCUGGGGACUACAGAGGAAUCUGUUACAAAAGAAGCUGACAAUGAUGGUGAUGAUGAUGAUGAAGAUGAUGAAGAUGACGACGAUGAUGAUUCUGAAGUUAAAGAAGAAAAUGGUGUAUUAGUCUUGAAUGAUGCAAACUUUGAUACCUUUACUGCAGACAAGGACACUGUGCUGCUCGAGUUCUACGCGCCAUGGUGUGGGCAUUGCAAGCAGUUUGCUCCUGAAUAUGAAAAGAUAGCCAAAACUCUGAAGGAAAAUGACCCUCCUAUUCCAGUUGCCAAAGUAGAUGCUACUGCAGCCACUUCACUAGCAAGUCGUUUUGAUGUCAGCGGCUACCCAACCAUCAAAAUCCUGAAAAAAGGCCAACCUGUUGACUAUGACGGUUCUCGGACAGAAGAUGCAAUUGUGGCCAAAGUCAAGGAGGUUUCUGACCCCAAUUGGACCCCUCCACCAGAAGCUACCCUGGUAUUGACCCAGGAUAAUUUUGACGACGUUGUGAAUGGUGCUGACAUAAUCCUGGUGGAGUUCUAUGCUCCAUGGUGUGGACACUGCAAAAGGCUUGCUCCAGAAUACGAGAAGGCUGCCCAGGAGCUCAGCAAGCGCACACCUCCUAUUCCUCUGGCUAAAGUGAAUGCCACUGCUGAAACUGAGCUUGCAAAGAAGUUUGAUGUUACUGGCUACCCAACCCUGAAAAUCUUCCGGAAGGGCAAACCUUAUGACUACAGUGGUCCACGGGAAAAAUACGGUAUUGUCGACUACAUGAUUGAACAGGCUGGUCCUCCAUCCAAACAGAUUCAGGCUACCAAGCAGGUACAGGAAUUUCUGAGGGAUGGGGAUGAUGUCAUCAUCAUUGGUGUCUUUACUGGAGAGAAUGACAAAGCCUAUCAGCUCUAUCAGGAAGCAGCUAACGGUUUAAGAGAAGAUUACAAGUUCCAUCACACCUUCAGCAAUGAGAUUGCAAAACUAUUGAAAGCAUCUCCAGGAAAACUGGUUGUCAUGCAGCCAGAAAAAUUUCAGUCAAAGCACGAGCCCAAGAUGCAUGUUUUGGAUCUUAAAGACUCUACAGAUGGAUUGGAGAUUAAAGAGCACGUGCUAAAACAUGCUUUGCCUCUAGUUGGCCAUCGCAAGCCUUCCAAUGAUGCUAAAAGAUAUGCUAAGCAUCCUCUAGUGGUUGUCUAUUAUUCUGUAGACUUCAGUUUCGACUACCGUGUUGCUACCCAGUACUGGAGAGGCAAAGUCCUGGAAGUGGCCAAAGACUUCCCUGAAUAUGUGUUUGCUGUUUCUGAUGAGGAAGAUUAUUCUUCUGAAAUAAAAGAUCUGGGCCUGCUUGAGAGUGGCGAGGAUGUCAAUGUAGCCAUUUUGGAUGAAGGUGGCAAGAAAUAUGCCAUGGAGCCAGAAGAGUUUGACUCUGAUGUACUCAGGCAAUUUGUGCUGGCAUUCAAAAAAGGAAAACUGAAGCCUAUUGUGAAGUCCCAGCCAGUGCCAAAAAAUAACAAAGGGCCUGUGAAAGUGGUAGUGGGUAAAACUUUUGAUACCAUAGUAAUGGAUCCAAAGAAUGAUGUUCUCAUAGAGUUCUAUGCCCCAUGGUGUGGACACUGCAAGAAACUAGAACCAGUGUAUACCGAGCUAGGCAAAAAAUACAAGAAUGAGAAAAAUCUAGUUAUAGCCAAGAUGGAUGCUACUGCCAACGACGUGACGAGUGACCGCUACAAAGUGGAGGGAUUCCCCACUAUCUACUUUGCUCCGAGGGACAAGAAGAACAACCCUAUUAAAUUUGAAGGCGGGGACAGAGAUUUAGAGCAUUUGAGCAAAUUUGUAGAGGAGCAUGCGACAAAACUCUCCAGAACAAAAGAAGAGCUUUAGAUAAGAUGAGGGUGGUGAAGAAAAAUUGUUUGUAUGUUGUAGUUAAAAGCAAGUUACUGACACAACUUCAUGAGAGAAGAAUUAAGCAGUUUGAGCAAGGAAAUUCUUAAGCAGUAAUGCAAUUGCAGUAUCUUUUUUAUAUGGCAGAAGUUUUUCUGGACACUGAACUUCUCUGAUAUGAAUGUCUUACGUUAGUUAUGGUUUUGAUCUUUGGAGAAAAAUACAUCCUUUAUUUUUUGUGACUAUCUUAAGCUUGAUUCUUUGACUCCAAUGCAACUGUUGUGGGUUUGGUUUUUGGUUUUUUGGGGUUUUUUUGGGAAGUUAAAAGAUUACCAAAAAGAGAGGAAGAACCAAAUGCCUCUGCCAAACAGAUUUCUUUCUCUUAUUUGUUGAUAUGGUUACUGGGGGGGAGGGUGUUUUGAGCCAAUCUCUCUUUUGUUAUAUUUCUGUAGACCUAUUCAUGUGACUAUAUCACUAUUCAUAGCUGAGGGUAAGAAUGGAGGUUUUCUAAAGUGUGGAUGAAUUAUUCGGUCCUAUCGAGAUAAGACACAGUGACUUGCUAACUACAUGUGCUCUAGACCUGUCUGCUUUUGCUUUGUGCCCCUCUGUAGAGAGGGUGAUGCUAAAAUAGCAAGAUUUUUUUAAUUCACCUCUCUUUACUAGUCCAUAUUGACCCAUUUAUAUCUUAGGCUUCCAAAGUAUAUUUUGGAGUAACUGGAGUGUGCUAGAAAGAGCAUCUAGUAGUUGGUAAUUCUUGGAUUCUGGUGUCAGAUCUGUGUUACCAUUUCCUUUCUUUUUGCAGAGAGGAAAGUGUUUGGUAGUGAUUCUUUGGGAAAGCAGACCGAGACCUUCUGAUGGACUUUAUUCCUGUGGCAGUUACUGCAGGUACAAAGGAUGAUCACAUCUACUCUAUGCUCCACUUGGCAGUAUGUGCGUUUAAAAGUGGAUUUUGACCUUGAAUGUCCCAGUUUAGAUACAUCCAUAAAUUUAUAGAACGUGUUGGGGUGGCAGACUUACAUACUCCAGAAGCACUGCCUGCCUCUUCUCAGAGCUGUGAUGCUGCAGUGUGUGUGACUUGAGUGUCACUGAAGCAGUUUUGAUACAUACUUCAUUUUAUGGGUAGUGCUUCUUUCCUAGCAGCACUGUUUUCUGUCUUGCAAAAGACAAAUAUCGUCAGUCUUCCUUCAGCAUUUCCUUGUUGCAUUAAUUUUCAACUUCUUGGAGGGUUUGCACAUCUAAAACCACCACCCAGUCUUUUUUCUUCUGGGGAGAUGCAGUCUUCUGUGUAGCAAGGAUAAAUUCAUGUCGGGGAGGUGGCUGUUAAGGUAUUUAACCUCAAGGGACCCAAAAGCGCCUGCAAGGGGGUACAUAAUCCUUAUCCUUUCCUACUGCACUUUGCAUCACUGUUGAAGGGAUGUGCCUCCCUGCUGUCUUAACAGAGGACUUUCCCCCAAACGUGACUGUUAGCCACGCUUUGCUGUCUAGGUUGUUAUCGAAUUGUUCUUGCAAAGGUGUAUGCAACUGCAUGCAGGCAUUCUCUUAAUUAACAAUUUAUCUGAAGCUGGUGAACAAAGCAGAUUAUGAAAGAAGGGAACAGUAUCAAAUCUCCACAGAGUGCUGGGAUGUGCUUGAAUGCCAUUCAGCUCCUGUUACUUACCAGCAAAAGCUAGGAAGUGCUAAGCAACUAUUCAGGAUCAGAUCUCAAUUGCUGCUUUGUGUUAAAGCAGUGUAAUAAUUCACUUCGGGCCCUGGCAUUGUCAGUCUCCUCUUUUCAUAGUAGGAGGCUUUUUCUCUACUGUCCUUUAAAAUGUAGAGAUAUGUCUUAAGCUUAAGGCAAUAUUUCACCUACAAGAUUCUUACCAAGUGCAUUAUCUUCCCGUCACUUGCCACUUCUGUUUGGAGCUUUUCUGUAGAGCCUUCAAAGGCCAUGAUCUGUGAUUAAAUAUCUGUGCAUAGACAACAAGACUGAGAUCAGACUUAGCUGAGCACCAGCUUACAUUAGAGGUGACCUUUUUCAGCUUUAGAAAGUAUACAUAAGCCAAGUAACAAGUUCUGUCCUGUCUGCUGGUUGAGAUCAACUCAGUUCUCCAAAGAAGUAGGCACAGACCUUUUAAAUCCGUUCUUAAACAUAGUUCAGUUUCUAUCUCUAAGCAAAUACCUCGUGUAAUACUGCAGGAACUAAAUUGCUCCUGCUUAUUAAUUAGUUGCAGGCUUGUAGGGAUUUAUUCCAAAACAUAUGUUGUCUAACCAACAGGAGGACAUGGAUAAAUAUGGAACACGUAGAAGGGAGAGUGAAAAGUCCCUUAUUGGUUGUGGGGACUACAGUCAGGGCUGAAGCUCCAGUCUUCUCAGGACAAUAAGUGUCAAAUUUGAUCAUGAGUUUCUCGCCUUUCUUCUUGCAGGUGCUAACUUACUAACAUUGUCAUUGCCAGUGCUGUGCUGUUUCUGUAGAUUUCUUCCUCCCAGCAGGAGCUAACACCAUUCUGGGUUGAAAACAACCUCUCCAGCUUGCUGGGAGCCCUCGUGGCAGUAAAAGGCACAAGGCCCAGGGGAGUGUGCUUGCAUGGCACUCCUGCCGGCUUUCUUUUCCCUGCCUUUGCAGGUGGAGGCAGCCUGGUACACAGUUACUUUGGGGCCGUGCUUAAAGACCUGAAUUUUGUUCUGGAUCAGCAGUGCUUUAGUCAGAGCUGAAUAAGGUUGGGGAAUACAUUAGAUGUAGUAUUGCUAACUUAAUUUCUUGGCGACUGUGAGCUGCAAGAGCAGGCAGCGUUAGCUCAAGUAGGUUAUGGGUUUGGGUUAUGAGCAGUAGAGGGAAUGAGGAAUUGAUCCAUCCUUACAUUGGUGUUUUCUGGCCGCAUUUCUGUGAGUCCUUGACUGUGCCACACACCUUGGCAUCUACAUCCCAUAAUUGAUGUAUUUCUCUUGAUCGCUUCCCAGGAAGAUGAGAGGGUACUGUUGCUUUCCAGCUUUGGGCAAAGUCAUACUGGAAAGCAAACUGCUUUCCUUAGCUCCAGUAUCCUAUCCCCUGCUGUGUGCACUGUCAACAUCACGUCAACUUUGUGAAACUCACUGGGAUGGCUAAAUCAUUAGGCCUCUGUUAGAUAAAGCUCCCUACCUAAAAAGUGAUUUUAAUGUGAUUGAUGCCUCUUAAGGGGAACAGGUCAUACCAUCUUUUGGAAUUUCUAUUAAAUGCAUUAUGCAUGUCUGCUUUUUCCUUCCUGGUGCAUUAGGAUGCAUUCCUAAGCAUCCUGAACUCCAUUAAAGUAUUACCUAAGUGCUGCAGACUGGCUUUGGUGUUCCCUUCUU